GUGGAAAACUGGGGCCGCUUUUUGUAGAGAGAAAGUGAAAAGGAAGAAAAGAGGUGGGGGCCACGGGGACCGGGCUUAACUGGUGCCUGCCUGCUUCUCUUUGAUUUGAUGGCCUUUAUUCCUUCUAAUUGGAUAAAAUAGGAAGUCACUGGCAGUCCUGCGUUGCCGGGUAUACUGAUUUGACUCAGACCAGCCAGCAGCUCUGGAGUGCGGACAGAGGGAGGAGGGAGGAAAGAGAGAGAGAGAAAGAGAGAGAGGGAGGGAGAGGCAAGGAGAGAGAGAACGUCUUUGGAUGCAGAGGGGAAAGGAAGAGAAAGAGACUAUGAAGCAGGGCAGCGCCGCAGAGGAAGAAAGUGAAUGAGCGCUCCAGAAGGACAAAGAGGAGUGGUUGGGGGGUGGGGGUGGAGGCAGGGCGGGGAGGGGAGUCACCGCCCCUCCCGGCCGCACUUGUCCCCUCGGAUCCCUCUGUGAUGAUCCUGUUUGCAGUGAUGCUCCGAGGGCAGGCACCUGCUGCUCUGUAAUGAUUCAGCCUCUUUCAGCCGUCGCGUUCACACAACAGGAUGCUGUUGCUACUGUCACUGCUGCCUCUCCUGCCGCCGCCGCUGCUGCCGCCCCCGCCGCCGCCGCUGGUCCUGCUUUUGCUUUUACUUCUCCUGCAUGACAGUUGUUUUCUCCAUCUGAGCAGACACCAGCUUCAGAUGCUCGAGGUGAGAAACAUGCCCUUCAGUUUGGGCUACUGGUUUACUUAAUUGACUCACCGCC